GGGCUCCAGACGCGCCCGGACGCCGCUGGGUUCCUGGGCUCUGCCGCGCUGGGCCAUGGGUCGCCGGCCUGCCUCAGCGCCUCCGGAGCUGGGUCCCAGUGAGGCCUGACGCGCGCCCAGAUGGUUACCAUGGACCACUGCUACUACAAUGAGACCAUCGGCUUUUUCUACAACAACAGCGGCAAGGAGCUCAGCUCACACUGGCGACCCAAGGAUGUGGUGGUGGUGGCGCUGGGGCUGACAGUCAGUGUGCUGGUGUUGCUCACCAACCUGCUGGUGAUCGCCGCCAUUGCCUCCAACCGCCGCUUCCACCAGCCCAUUUACUACCUGCUGGGCAACCUGGCAGCAGCCGACUUCUUUGCCGGAGUGGCCUACCUCUUCCUCAUGUUCCACACGGGCCCACGGACCUCCCGCCUGUCCCUCCCGGGCUGGUUCCUCAGGCAGGGUCUGCUGGACGCCAGCCUAACCGCGUCGGUGGCCACGCUGCUGGCCAUUGCGGUGGAGCGGCACCGCAGCGUGAUGGCGGUGCAGCUGCACAGCCGCCUGCCCCCGGGCCGCGUGGUCACGCUCAUCGUGGCCGUGUGGGUGGCAGCCCUGGGCCUGGGGCUGCUGCCUGCCCACUUCUGGCACUGCCUCUGUGCCUUGGACCGGUGUUCCCGCAUGGCACCCCUGCUCAGCCGCUCCUACCUGGCUGUGUGGGCACUGUCCAGCCUGCUCGUCUUCCUGCUCAUGGUGGCUGUCUACACUCGCAUCUUCUUCUACGUGCGGAGGCGAGUGCAGCGCAUGGCAGAGCAUGUGAGCUGCCACCCCCGCUACCGCGAGACCACACUCAGCCUGGUCAAGACAGUGGUCAUCAUCUUGGGGGCGUUUGUCAUCUGCUGGACACCCGGCCAGGUAGUGCUGCUGCUGGAUGGGCUAGACUGUAAGUCCUGCAAUGUCCUGGCCGUGGAGAAGUACUUCCUCCUCCUGGCUGAAGCCAACUCACUUGUCAACGCUGCCGUGUACUCAUGCCGCGAUGCUGAGAUGCGCCGCACCUUCCGCCACCUCCUCUGCUGCUUGUGCCGGCGCCGGUCCCACAAGGCUGCCCAUUACUCAUCUUCUGCCCAGGCUGGUGCCAGCACUCGCAUCAUGCUGCCUGAGAACGGCCACCCGCUCAUGGACUCAACCCUUUAGGUCCUUGGGACUCACACAGCAUGCAACCAGCGCACACAUCUAAGGAUAGACCUUGGGUCUGGCACGGCCUCACCCCACACCCCCAGGCAUGACUUGAUGCACCUGCUCCCAUACUCGGGGGCCGAGGCCUUGGGGUCAUCUCCAAGUGCUGGAAGGAGAGGUAGAUGGGGUGCCCACAUCUGCUCUCCCAUCAUCUCAGGUUUUUGGGGUUUGUAAUGGACGUUUGUUGUUGUUGUUUGUGGGGCUUGAACUC